UGGCAGUCCUGGUUGAAUCAGGGUUAUAUACACUUGGUUGAAAUUGGUUAAGGUUUAUUAUUUUUGUAAGUGUAAAAUUUUAAAUUUAAAUAAUUAAAAAUGAGUAAAGCACAUCCUCCAGAGCUUAAAAAAUAUAUGGACAAACGUCUUUCACUAAAAUUAAAUGGUGGAAGGCAUGUAAUUGGUAUUUUACGUGGUUUUGAUCCAUUUAUGAAUAUGGUAAUCGAUGAGAGCGUUGAAGAAUGUAAAGGUGGUACAAAAAAUAAUAUUGGUAUGGUGGUGAUUCGAGGAAAUAGUGUUAUUAUGUUAGAGGCAUUAGAUAGAAUAUGAGUUAUAUAUAUAAAUGUACAUUUAAAUGAUACAAAAUUCCAAAUAAGAUUAACUAUGAUUUAUUAAAUACACAUCUAUCCAAC